GUAAAAAUCUAGCGGUUUCUUCCCUAAUUUUAGAGAGAGAGAAAGAAAUGCCAAGCAAAAUUAAGUGGGUGUCUUCUCAAAUUUUUAGAUUAGAGAGAGAUUUUGAUGCUAUCCCCACCAGCACCAGCAGCAUCACCAAUCACACAAUAAUGAAGGGUGGAGCCCCUCUUUCACCCUCACUCUGCUCUCCCCCUCCUUCCUAGUCUUCCAAACUCCCAAUUGAGAGAGAGGCGACAGACUGUGAGAGAGAAGCGACAGACUGUGAGAGAGAGAGAGGUUCUAUGUGAAGGUGGUGGCCUGGUCGCCUGACGAUUUUACCCAUCCAUGGCUUCCCGAGACAGAGACGACCGGAGCGAGAAGGUGAGGAAGAUCUUUGAGCAGUUCGACGCGAACAAGGAUGGUGGCCUCAACCGGACGGAGAUGGCUGCCCUCGUCAUCGCCGUCAACCCCCGGGUCAAGUUCUCGGACCAGCAGAUCCAGGCCAUCCUCGACGAGGUCUUUCGCACCUAUGGUGAGUUCAUCGACGGCGACAAGGGCCUUACCUUCGAAGGCCUCCUCCGUACCUACAACGACGGCGCCGGCGAUGUCGACCGCGACUUCGAUGCCCUGAACCUCGACCUCGGCUCCUCCCAAUCCAUCGUCUCCGCCGCCUCCUCCUCCUCUAUCGUCGACGCGGCCGCUGCCGCAACAGCGGCGGAUGCACCGGCCAACCGGCGGCCGGGCGCCCCGGCUUGGGCCUUGUCGCCUAAUCAUGGAAUAGUCUACGAUGAUACCUGGAAGAUCAUCGAUGACCUGGAUAUCGUCAUCAAGAGGCUGAAGGUGAAGCAAAUGAAGGACGGGAAGAUCAAGGGGGAGAUCGUCGGCGACGCCUUCUCCGACCCCGGGUGGUCGAGGGAAUUGGGUUCAGAAUCAGAGGGCGGAGGAACUAAGAGAGUGUUCUGGGAGGAGAGCGGACCGGACUACGCCACGUUCCUGAAGGAAUUGAGGGCGCUCAGAGGGAAGGCGGAUGGGUGCCGCUCAAGGGAAGAGGCGUUCGACGCACAUAUGGCGAUCGGGCGGACGCUCUACGACCACCAGUUGUUCAAGGAGGCAUUGGCUAGCUUCAAGAGGGCGUCGGAGUUGCAGCCGACGGACGUGAGGCCCCAUUUCAGGAGCGGCAACUCCCUUUAUGCUCUUGGCCAAUUUUCCGAGGCGAAGGAUGAGUUCCUCCUGGCCCUCGAGGCAGCAGAGUCUAGUGGGAAUCAAUGGUCCUAUCUUCUUCCCCAGAUUCACGUCAACCUCGGCAUUGCUCUCGAAGGCGAAGGAUUGCUUCUCGGCGCCUGUGAACAUUACAGAGAGGCUGCAAUCCUUUCCCCCACCCAUUACAGAGCUCUUAAGCUUCUGGGUAGCGCUCUAUUCGGCGUUGGAGAGUACAGGGCUGCGGAGAAGGCGCUCGAGGAGGCGGUUUUCCUCCAGCCGGACUAUGCCGACGCACAUUGUGAUCUGGGGUCCGUAUUGCACGCCAUGGGCGAGGAUGAGAAGGGGAUUCAGGAGUUCCAGAAGGCGAUUGACCUUAGGCCUGGUCACCUCGACGCUUUGUAUAAUUUGGGUGGGUUGUUUAUGGAUGUGGGGAGGUACCAACGGGCGUCGGAGAUGUACGGGAGGGUGCUGGCAAUCUAUCCGAAUCAUUGGCGAGCUCAACUCAACAAGGCGAUCUCAUUGCUUGGCGCCGGCGAGACUGAUGAGGCAAAGAGGGCAUUGAAGGAGGCGUUCAAGAUGACAAAUAGGGUCGAAUUGUAUGACGCCAUUGCUCAUUUGAAGCUUCUGCAGAGGAAGAGGAAAGGGAAUGCCGCCAUUUCAUCCGGCGGCGAGGGUUAUAUCGUCGUGGAGGCUUCCAAGUUUAGGCGAGGAAGCAAGAAAACGACUCCCAGGCAGGAUCUGGAAGUUGCCAUUGGAAUAAGGACGUUCCAGAGACUCACAAAAGUGAACCGCUGCGAGGUUGACGAUUUAAGGAAGGAAUUGAAUGGGACUAAGGUGCCGAUCACAUACUCAGGAGGUGGAGUACCGGGGAAAUCAAUCAGAAAGGCAACACUCGAGGGCAACCUGCGGAGACUGCUUCACUUCCUGAAGCCGGAGGCAUUUCAAGGAGCCAUGAAGGCGAUCAAUGAGAGAAUUUUGGCAGUUUUGGAUGAGCCUGGUUCUGGUCGGAUUGAUCUCGGCAUGUUCUACGCUGUUCUUGCUCCCAUUUGCGCUGGACCUACUGAGAAGAGAAAGCGGGCAGCGUUCGAUGCUUUGGUGUGGCGUUCAAUCGAUGAAGCAAACACACAGUUGAGGAAGUCGGAUGCUACUGCAUACAUCAAAUAUCUGAGAGCCGUGUAUGUACCUUCUAGGGGCAUGAGUGACAUGAUGGAAGUUCACGGGGAGGCGAACGAUACUACUGUGAUCUCGUUCUCUGAGUUCCUAGAGAUGUUUGAUGAUCCAGAUUGGGGUUUCGGCAUCAUGAACACUUUAGUGCAGCUGGAAAACAUUGACAGAGUUCGCCAUGGCAAUCAUUCUUGUUCCAUAUGCAGAUAUCCGAUUAUCGGGCCUAGGUUCAAGGAGAUGACAUCUAACUUCAGCCUGUGCAGUGUUUGCUAUAGCGAAGGCAAAGUACCAUCUUCCUGUAAACAGGAAGUGUACAGAUUUAAAGAGUAUGAGAGUGAGGCCGAGGCCAUGAAAGAUAAGUUCAAGCUGUUUAAUUUGCAUUGUAAAACUUCUGAUGAUGAUCCAUAGGUUAUUAUUGUAGUUUAGCCAUUAAUUAUGCGUUAUGUUUCGACAAUCUUGUAACAUCUCUAGCUGUUCCUCGUGUUUUGCGUGAAUCACAGUUUUUAAGCAUUUAUUUAUGUGACUAGUCCUUGUAUAAUGGAUAUCUUUGGAAGCAGUUCGCAAUUCUUUGUGCA